UGUUCCAGUGGAAAGCAGAGUGUGAGCAAUGGUGCUUACCACAAAGGCAGCUUUGGGAGCAGGACAAGGCUCUUUGUGAUGCCAGAAAGUGCUUGCUGACCAAGGCAGGACUGCCUGAUGCUCUUAAAGAUUGGUGAGCUCCGGGGAACAUGGACCAUGAGACUGGUUUUUGUUGCCCUUGGUGUAGAUUUCCCACUCUAACAACAAUCCAGGGGAGAACCUGGAGGAACUGUGGGCACAGGCAAAGGGGGUUUGAGGGAUACCUCUUAGUUCUGUCUCCAGCCCUGGCCUUAUGCCACAUGGUCAGACUCUCAACCUCCGCUCCUGCCCUGGGAUCCUUCGGCCUCUUCUCACCCUUCUGCUGCCCCUCCUACAAGGCAUGGCUGGGCAGAGGCUUGGGGACAGAUGCCACUUCUUCAAGUGGCUUGCUGGGCUUUUUGUUAUGGAAGGAAAUGCUGUGUGAUUAUGGCUACGGCUACAACCAGCAAACCUUUGGCUCAGGGACCAGACUGUCUGUCCAGCCCAAUGUUACCCCAUCUCCUUCAGUCUAUAGGCUGAUCUCUAAAGAUGAUGAGGAUUUGGAAAUGUGCCUUAUCACAGAUCAUUCUCCUGAAAAGCUCACUCUUAACUGGGCUGAUAAGGUGACGAAUACUAUUGUGGAGGUGACAACACCUGAGAACAAACAGGAAGCGAGCUACCUGUCAACCUACUGGGCCAAGAAAGAUGAAAUGCUGUGUGGUGCAAAUUAUGACGGAUUUGGAGAACUGGAGGGGAAAGAUCCUGAAAGUGGUUCCAGUGCCUUCUGUGUUACAGGGGUGUCUCUACACUUCAGGACAGAUGAGAAUCUGAACACGAUGUCUUUAUCACAGCUGGGUCUGAAAAUAACUUUAAUGAAAGGAAUAAUUUUUAAUGUCCUGAUGACGAUGCUUAUGUGGAAAAAAAAGAAUGAAAGUAACCAGAUGGUGCAGUCCUGAAGUAUUAAAAAAGCCUGCUGAGGAAUCUUUAUCAGAGCAUCAUCUGCAAGAGGGAACAUAGGCAUUCCUAUUGCAAGAGAUACCACUUGCUGUCUCUGUGUAUCAUGCCAGCCAUUAUAAUCUAAAUUGCUUUAUUUGCAUUGUUCUAAAGCUACUCAAACAUAAGCUUAAAAUUUCCAGCAUUCUGCUUCCCCAGAUGCCUAAUUCAUUUAGCACAACAAUGCCUCUUUUUGCAUGAAGCACAUUUUGAUUUAACUAGAAAUUACCAAACAUCACUAUUAGCUACUUGUGUUAAAAUGACACCCAAUUUCUGUUCUUUGGAGGUGUUGUUUGUUGAAAACUGCAAGUUAAAUAUUACCUGAAUGUGAAUUUUUCAUGUUUUGGUGGCUUUCAAGGAUGCACAUCUUAGAGUGCACACCCAAAGACACAGUUUCAGUUGCAACUGAAGCAAAGGGAGAGUUACUCGGGGUCACCCUGAAUUCAGUGAAAUUCUCACCUCAUUAUUGCAGAACAAAAGAAAGGGGUUUUAGUACUUUUUGGAGUCUAUCUGGCCUUAACAUUUGCAGAAUUUAAACCAGCUUAUGAUUUGGCUUUGCAUUUAGUAAAAAUACAAACUACUUUUGAUCUUUUUGUUUAGUUCUGACAAUCUUUGACAUGGUCUAGGGUGAGGUGUCCCUGCCUAUGGCAAGGGGCUUGGAACUAGUUGAUCUUAAGGUCCUUUCCAACCCAAACCAUUCCGUGAUUCUACGAUUUUAUGAUCUUAGAUUUCCCACUUUAUUUCCAUAAUCAUUGCAUAAAACCAUUCUGAAAUAUGUUCCUGCCCAUGUACAUGCUCCUUGGAAACACUGCAUGCAUGUGAAAAUCUCAUGCUACUAAUG